AUGGACACCAAGCUAGCCUUCUACGAUAUUGCCAUGCGCCCCCCAGUCGAAAAGAACAACAGCGCUGUAAACCCCUGGAAAACCCGUCUAGCCCUGAACUUCAAAUCACUCCCCUACACAACAGAAUGGGUCCCACUCCCCGACAUAUCCAAAGUUCGGACAAGCCUGAACAUCCCCGCAUGCCGCAAAUUUGCCGAUGGCACAGAUUUCCACACUCUCCCCAUUCUAGUGGACCCAACAACGUCCCGCAAACUCGGCGACUCCUUCGACAUAGCCGUCUACCUGCAAAAGCAAUACCCAGCAGGAAAUAAUCUCUUCCCACCCCAGUCUAUAGACUACGUUUUCAGCCCGGAGACCGAAAUUUUAAUUCCGUUGUCCGAGCGCGACGAGGGUGAAUAUCCCCAAUAUGCGCGUUUCAAUAUGAAUAUCGAUGCUGCGUUCACUGCUCAUGUCGCACUCAUGGUCCAAGGGUUACCCUUUGAUCCUGAAACUGCUGAGCAAACGAAAGCUGAGUUUGUUCGGCGGGCUGGGGUGGGCUGUUGGGAGGAUUUUGCUCUUGCAGGCGAACAGCGUGAGAAGAUUAUUGCGUCCUUCCGGGAUAUGUUGGGUGGACUGGCAGAGCUUUUCAGUGGGGAUGGGCCAUUUUUGCUUGGGGAUCGAGCUAAUUAUGCGGAUAUCAUUGUUGGGGCUUGGUUGAGGAUGGCGAGCAGGACUUUGCCUGGUGAAGAGUGGGAGUUAGUUAGAGAGUGGCAUGGUGGUGUUUUUGGAAGGUUGCAUGAUGCGUUGGAUAUAUAUGCGGCUGUUCAUUAG